AUGGCUGGCCGAGGAGCUGCGCCGCCGCCAGGCAAGAUUGCCGCCGCGGGUGCUGCUGGCCGCGGAGGGCAGGCGCCGCCGCCGGGUCCUGGCCGUGGCGGAAACGACCCGCCGCCGGGGGUUGGCCGAGGUGGGAUCGGUCCAACGCCGGGGACUGGCCGCGGUGGGGGUGCCCCGACGCCGGGCGCUGGUGCCGGCAGGGCAGCUACUGAGGGAAACGUCCCUAGGCCGCAUGCGGCUAGCGGGGCAACCGGCGUUGGCACGGUUGGCCGAGGCUCGGGUUUCCCGGGUGCUAGACCCCCGGCGCCGGUGGUGGUGCCGCAGCCGGCGACGGCCCGUGGUGGUGUGAAUCCUCGACCCCCGGUGCCGAGCCCGGCCUUGUCUGCUGCUGUGGGCAGGGGUGCGCUUGGUCCGAGGCCGCCGCCCCCUGCGGCUGGCCUGCAGCCUCGAUCACUUACACCUCAGUCUGGCGCGAGGCCGCCGCACUUUGUCGCUCGGCGGUCGCAAAUUGCGUCGGUGCUGACGCAGGCACCGCCGCCGCAAACUUCGGCGGGUGGAGUGGAUUCGGGUGCGCCUCGUGGUCAAUGGGGUGAUGACGGUUUUAAUGCGUAUGGAGAUGGUCAGCACCGGGGUUCCUCGUCCACGGGUGGUGGUCGGGGCUAUGCCUGGCAGAGUGAUGGUUCGGUUGAGAGGCCGUUCAUGGGUCCGACGGGUGGGUUUGUUGAUGGGGCGUCCGGUCCGGAAAUCGACACCGCGGUGGUUUCCGCAGUCAUCGUGGUGGCCGAGGAGGUCGAGACGGCCGCCGGCGGGGCUGCCGAGGAGUCUGGGUUGUCUGCCCAGGCUAUGGAGGUGGUGAUGGCACUUGCUGAUGUCGAGGUUCCUGGGAAUGUAGGCUCGGGAUCUGUGUCUGUGGAGGCGUCGGACAGGGCUGAUUCGGAUAGGGCGUCCAAGUGGGCGCGCAAGAAGGAAAGAAUGUUGUGUUAUCGUUGUGGCGAGAAGGGCCAUUUUAUAGCGGAGUGUUUGGCGUCUCCGAAUGAGAGGGAGGCUCCUGAUGAGGCUCAGAGUAUGACUACUGGGAUUGUCAAAGUGUCUAGAGGAGAAGUCUCUGAGACCCAGAUUGUGCAGCGCCUACGGGAGCUAGCUCCAGGGGACUUCCAUUGGGAGCUCGUCAGUCUCGAGGCAAACUUGUAUAGAGUUGAGUUCCCAUCGGUGGAGUAUUUGCAGAGGCUGCUGAGUUUUGGGAUGUGCAAAGUGCCAGGUACAGAUGGCAUCCUCGAGUUCCAUGAGUGGAAGUUGGUGGAGCCUAAGGGUAAGCCUCUUAACCAAGCUUGGCUACGUUUUUCUGGGGCUCCUUCGAAGCCUAUGCAGGACGCUAGGGUCGUUGCUAGCUUGGGCAUCAUGGUUGGAAAACCUGAGUGA